AUGAAGGCUACCAUCGUCGCUGCUGCCCUGGCUCAGGGCGCUGCUGCCGUCGCCGCCCCCAACGGGCCCGGCAACGGAAACUGGGGCCCCGGCAAUGGCGCCGGCUUCGGAGGAUUCGGAUACGGCGGUGGAUGGGGCGGUUUCGGCCCCGGCGGUUUCGGCAAGGGUGCUGCUCAGUGCGCUAGCUCCUGCUUCUCCUCCCACUUUGCGACCGCCACCCCUACCCCGCAAGCCUUUUGCACCGACGCUCCGCAGCUGAACGACUGCGUCCGCUCCGCCUGCACCACUGACUCGGCCGCACUGGCGUCUUACACGUCCGUCUCCUCGUCCGUCUGCAACGCCUUCACCAACUGCGGCACCACUAGCACCUUCACUUACAGCGGUGGCUGGUGGGGCGGCGCCUCUCAGACGGAUGCCGCCGUCACUAUCACGGGGUGCGCCGUCGACGGCUGGUGGGCCCCUGGCGGCGCAUGGGGAGGCAUGGGCCCCGGCUGGGCCUACAAGACGGACACUGUCACCGUCACCCGCACCAUCAAUGGGGUCGCCAUCACCGGACCCGCCACCGUCGCCCAGGCCGUCUCGGGCAGCAGCACACUGCUCACGACCUUCACCGGCGCGUUCGCCGCUCAGGAGACGAGCGGUUCUUCCGGCGGUUCCGGCUCGCAGAACGCCGCUGCCGGUAGUGACCCCAACCGCGCCGUCAAGGUCGCCGGCGCAGCUCUGGGUGCCGUCGUCGCCGUCGUCGGUCUCAUUUGA